GCGUAGCAAUGCCGGUGUCACGGGUGACAUCACAGUUUAUGUGACAUCAUUGUUUGUGGCUUUUAUCUGUUCAAAGCAACAUCCUCUGAUGUCACCGGUGACAUCACAGUUUAUGUGACAUCAUUGUUUGUGGCUUUUAUCUGCCCAACAUCUGUGACAUCACUGAUGACAUCACAGUUGACGGGGUGUGGGUUAGGAUCUUGGCAGCUCAUCGAAAAAACUACGCUCAUCCAGAACAUCGAUCGACAGACAGAAAGAAAGACGGACAGAAAUUUCUCCAUUUAUUAGUGGGAUUAGAAUUCAGCUCAACCAGACAGAUUCAGCUCAACCAGACAGAUAACUGGUUAUCAUCCACUGUUGUGCAGAAUACUGUAACAAAGCACAACCGUACGUUGAAUCACAUAGCAAUAGAAUAUUUUAAUCUCUUAGGCCAAAUUCCAUCUAUACUCCAACAUGCCAGUUCUAGUUCUGGGUCUAGUGGUGGUUCCUUGGGUCACAAAAACUGCCAGUGCCCUCAUCAGCUCUGUUGUGCGACGCCAUUUCCCCAGAUCAUCUGAGGUCGAACCUCCAGAACCUGUGCCUCAGGAAUCAUCGCCGGACGAGUGCCUGCCACUAGACCAGACAGGUGUUCAUCAGGAUGCGGAGGGCCCUUCUCUUGGAUUAGACUGUGUUAGUGAUGAAACUCAGCAAAGGAAACAACAGCGGGAGAGCAGCUCUGCGUACACCCACGCUGAGAGGGAUUUUUCCAUUAGCAGAACAGCCACCUUUAUCUUUACCGACUGGCCCCGACAAAGAAUUUCGGCUUUUUCCUACCUAGUCCGUGAGGCAUAUUCUAAUCUAAAAAACGAAUUUGCCAUUGUUUUAAAUCGGACAGGAUAUUUGACUUUUAAAGCCAAAGUCAAAAACCAGAUUAGAAGAUAUAUCACCAUUGCUGGAUACAGGAUUUCCGCUGCCCAAAGAAGCAGUGCAGCUGCUUUUUCCAGGGUCAGAGAAAGAGUUACAGCUCUGAUUCCUACAAGCAGAGAAUAUAUUGCAGCACUUAGCAGCUGGGCCCAGAGAGUUCCAAAGGCCUUGACUCAUCUCCGCUGUGGUGGUGUCACCCGUGCACUGGCUCUUUUGAGGGGCCACGGCAGCCGGUCCUCAGAGCCCUAAAAAGUUUAGUAGGACACUCCAUCCAACUUACAUGGACUUAUUCAUUUCAGCUUUGGUUUUCAGUCUGCUCAUGUAGUAGUGGACAGAAUGAA